GUUGAUCCUGGGAGCGGAAUACCGGCCGCAUGCGCGUGGGAUUCUGCCCUGCAAUCUUCAAACAUGGCAGCGAUUGGAGUUCACUUCGGAUAUACCUGCGCCUGUGUGGCGAUAUUUAAGGAUGGGCGGGCGGAUGUGGUGGCUAAUGAUGCCGGAGACAGAGUGACUCCAGCUGUGGUGGCCUACAGAGACACUGAGCAGAUUGUAGGUAUUGCAGCAAAGCAAGGACGGGUCCGCAAUGCUGCCAACACAGUUGUUAAAGUGAAACAAGUGCUGGGAAGAAGCUUUAGUGAUCCAGAGACACAGGCUCACAAAACACAGACCAAGUGUCAGGUUGUCAACAGAGAAGAGAAGCCUUAUUAUGAGAUUACAGUAGGAGAUCACGCAGAGUAUGUCGCUCCAGAGGAUUCUGCAAAACUCAUCUUCCACAAAAUGAAAGCGUCGAUACUCCCUCUUGAUUGUUGCGACACCUCCAGCAAGGUUACCGCUCUGUUUGUCUUGUGCAGGGAGGCAGCUGAGGCUGCAGGCUUCCAUGUACUGAGGCUCAUCCAUGAGCCCGCUGCUGCUCUGUUGGCCUACAACAUCGGACAGGACUCUUCUUCUGGAAAGAGCCAUGUCCUGGUGUAUAAGCUUGGUGGGACGUCCCUGAGUGUGACAGUGCUGCAGGUCAACGGAGGAAUGUUCCGGGUUCUCAACACCCACACGGACCACAGCAUCGGAGGAGAGAGCUUCACCCAGGCCUUGGCCCAGCACCUGGCCGCUGAGUUCAAACGCACCUUUAAGCAUGAUGUGAGCAGUAAUGUUCGGGCGAUGCUGAAGCUGAUGAACGGAGCAGACAUGGCCAAACACUCUCUGUCGUCACUGGGAUCAGCCAACUGCUUUGUUGACUCCCUGCACGACGGCAUCGACUUUGAAUGCAACAUCUCUAGGUAAGCUGCUACGUUGACACAA